AUGGAUUCACUUCUAAAACUUCCAACCAUCGACAACUUUAAGGAAGAACCGUUCUUUAUGGCAAUCAUCUUCAUCGUACCACUAAUAGUUUUGUUGGGUUUAGUGUCACGAAUCCUCAAAAAAUCAACAUAUCCACCAGGACCAAAAGGGUUACCUUUUAUAGGUAACAUGUUAAUGAUGGACCAACUAACCCACCGCGGUUUAGCAAACUUAGCUAAAAAAUAUGGUGGCAUCUUCCACCUACGCAUGGGAUUCCUCCAUAUGGUGGCUAUUUCCGACGCCGACGCCGCCCGUCAAGUUCUCCAAGUUCAAGACAACAUCUUUUCCAACCGUCCUGCAACAGUUGCCAUAAAAUACCUAACUUACGACCGUGCUGACAUGGCAUUCGCUCACUACGGUCCCUUUUGGCGUCAAAUGCGAAAACUCUGCGUGAUAAAGCUUUUCAGUCGUAAACACGCAGAGUCUUGGCAAUCCGUCAGAGACGAGGUUGACUAUGCUGUCAGAAUUGUUUCUGAAAACAUAGGCAAACCUGUAAAUAUCGGAGAACUAGUGUUCAACUUAACCAAAAAUAUUAUCUAUCGAGCGGCUUUCGGGUCGAGUUCGAGAGAAGGACAAGAUGAGUUUAUUGGAAUAUUACAAGAGUUUUCCAAAUUGUUUGGAGCUUUUAAUAUUUCAGACUUUGUACCUUGUUUAGGAGCUAUUGAUCCUCAAGGGCUUAAUGCAAGACUUGUAAAAGCUCGUAAAGAUUUGGAUAGUUUCAUAGACAAAAUCAUAGAUGAACAUGUGGAGAAGAAGAGAGAGGUUGGUGAUGAAGAAACUGAUAUGGUGGAUGAGUUGCUUGCUUUCUAUAGUGAAGAAGCUAAAGUGAAUAAUGAAUCAGAUGAUUUGCAGAGUUCCAUCAAACUUACAAAGGAUAACAUUAAAGCUAUUAUCAUGGAUGUGAUGUUUGGAGGAACGGAAACGGUAGCAUCAGCAAUUGAAUGGGCCAUGGCUGAGUUAAUGAAAAGCCCAGAAGAUCUAAAAAAAGUCCAACAUGAGUUAACUGAAGUUGUGGGCCUGGACCGUCGGAUUGAAGAGUCCGACUUUGAGAAACUUACUUAUUUAAAAUGUGUUGUUAAGGAAACCCUACGCCUUCAUCCGCCAAUCCCGUUGCUCCUUCACGAAACUUCAGAAGAUGCAACGGUUAAUGGCUAUUUUAUUCCAAAACGUGCACGCGUGAUGGUUAACGCGUGGGCGAUUGGGAGAGAUAAGAGUUGUUGGAAGGAACCUGAAAGUUUUAAGCCGUCACGAUUUUUGAAAUCGAGUAUGCCUGAUUUUAAAGGGAGUAAUUUUGAGUUUAUUCCAUUUGGAUCAGGUCGUAGAUCUUGCCCUGGGAUGCAGUUAGGAUUGUACGCGCUUGAUUUGGCAGUGGCUCAUCUUCUUCAUUGCUUUACAUGGGAGCUACCAGAUGGAAUGAAACCAAAUGAAAUGGAUAUGAGUGAUGUGUUUGGACUCACCGCUCCUAGAGCAACUCGACUUGUUGCAAUUCCUACUAAACGUCUCUUGUGCCCUCUGGAUUAG